AUGUUACUUGGAUUAGUGAUUAUAAUCAGUGGAUUAGGAUGUCUAAUGGUGUUAGAACGUCUCUUUCCCGAUCAACCAUUAGUAUAUGUACCAGGCUGGUGGAAACGUGUUCUACUCAUUAAUUUUUCUCAAUUAUUAAUAGUUGUUGUCGGUACUUAUACAUGGGAAAAUUGGUUACCCGAUGCACAUUUAUUUCAUUUGCGUGACUUUGUUUCACCGAUGAUGGGUGGCAUUAUUGCUUACCUCAUUCACACGUGGAUCUUCUAUUGGUUUCAUCGUGUACGACAUAAUGUCUAUUUCAUGUGGCUGUGGUUUCAUCAAUUACAUCAUAGUGCACAACGCAUCGAGGCAAUAACAUCAUUUUAUAAAGCUCCUCAAGAAAUUUUCAUCGAUUCAAUCAUUAUGACAAUAUUAGUCUAUCCGGUACUUGGUCUUACUAGAGAAUCAACUGUUUGGUUGUCAGCUUUUGCUGCUUUUGGUGAAUAUUUCUAUCAUAUGAAUAUCAAGACACCACAAUGGUUAGGCUAUUUUUUUCAACGUCCUGAAGCUCAUCGAAUUCAUCAUCUACGUAAUAAACGUGAUCAUAGUAAAAACUAUGGUGAUUUACCACUGUGGGAUAUUCUAGGUGGUACAUUUGAGAAUCCAGAAAAAAUGGAUCGACCAACAGGUUUUUCACCUGAAGCUGAGAGUAGAGUACGAGAAAUGAUUUGUGGUCGCGAUGUACUCUUGUCACCCAAACAAAAAACGAGACAUAUCUAUAAGCAACGAUAUUCACUUGCAACUAUUGGAGCCAUUUUUUGGAUUAUUAUUGGCCUUGGUCAAUCUAUUGGUUAUGUCUUUAACAUGCCACAAGUACGUGGCUUGAGUUUUGCUACCGUAGCAUCUCCGUUACCUCUCGUUUUUUCAGUUGCACCAAAUGGAAUGGAAACUUUUUCUACAAGUUUUCGUCUUCAAGUCUUUGAACAAUCUCAGAUUGCAUGUAAUGAUAAUGAAGAGUGUACAUCAGAUCAUAUGGUGAUGGAGAGAGUUUUGACACCAGAACUCUACGGUACACUCAAUGAUAAACCUUAUAAUUUACGAAAUGCAUAUGGUGUUCUUUUUUCUCAUGGACCUUUUUUUCAAGAUGAAAAAGCUUUGAAUCUGCGCGAUCGAGUUUUGAAGUAUAGUUUAUGUAAUAAUGGUCCCUUAGCACGUGCGUUUCAUUUACCGACAAAUACAAGUCGCAUUAUGGUACAUGUGCAUUCUCAUACUAAAACACAACGACCUCAUCAAGCAGAUUGGAUAAUGAACAUUGUCUGUGUAUAA